AUGUCCGAUAGCGAAGAGAACGAUGUCUUUGGCGUUGCACAGGAUUUUGUUCCUCCAGCGCCCAUUAAACCUGCUGGCGAUUCCGAAAUAGAUUUCGACGGUCUGCUGGCACCCCCACUCAAACUUCAUGAGGAUCUGAAGAACGGUUGCGGCGGGCAGCUAUGGCCAGCUGGCAUGGUCCUGAGCAAAUAUAUGCUCCGGAAGCAUAAAGAUGAUCUCGCGGGCAAAGAGAUAGUUGAACUCGGCGCCGGAGGAGGGCUGGUCGGGUUGGCGGUUGCGAUAGGUUGCAAGGUCGAUACUACGCUGCAUAUCACAGAUCAAGAACCAAUGUUUGAACUCAUGAGGCGUAACAUUGCGUUGAAUUCUCUGCAGUCUCGUGUCAGCGCAUCGAUAUACGAUUGGGGCGAACCGACGCCGUCACACCUACCAAGACACCCGGAUAUCAUCCUAGCAGCAGACUGCGUAUAUUUCGAGCCCGCAUUUCCAUUACUACAACAGACGCUAAAGGAUCUGAUCGGCGAGACUACUGUGUGCUAUUUCUGCUUCAAGAGGAGGAGACGAGCGGAUCUGACAUUCAUGAAGACGGCGCGGAAGAUGUUCGACGUGCAGGAGGUGGUCGAUGAUCCUGAUAAGGAGGUAUAUUCAAGGGAGAAACUGUUCUUAUAUCGCAUCACUAAGAGGACUACGUGA